AUGGACCAGAUGGUUGAAAGGUCGGACAGUCAUGCGCACCAGGAUGUCAAUCCCAAGGACUUUGGCACUGCGACUCAAGUCGUGGACGAGACGAGCUCGCAGGUCUUUCCAUCAUCCCAAACACGAGAUCGUUCACCCAGACGGGCGAGUUGGCACGGCAUUGCCAUAUACACCGCCCUCUGCCUCUCAGUCGUGCCAGUUGCUCUCCUCCUCGGCUUCUCCCCAAAGCUAUCCACGGCUCUUGCCUACAACGGCUGCACCACCAACGGCGACUUUGCCCUGCCCUACAGCGCCUCGGUCUGGAGCCCAAAGUUCUUUUUCACCAUCACCGUCCCUUUCAGUGGAACCGGCGCAGCAUCUUGCGGCUACUCCUCCGACCAGAGUGCCGCUUCCGCUCGUGACGGGUACGGCUACACCGCCGUGAAAGCCAUUGACCUUGCGUGGGAUCUCCUCGUAGGGCGAGGUGGCCAGCUGGUCUUCGCGUGGAUGGCGUAUCACGUUUUCGGCGCCGUUUUGACGAAGUUGAUGCAAGAGGGGGAGGUGGGCUACGAUCUCUUUGCUUCCAUCGCGUUCCAGAGCGGGAGUGUACCAGCGCUACUGACCACUUUACGGCAUGUCCUUGGCUGGGCACCCGUACCCAGGACGAAGAGGGCCCUGGGGUUCUAUUUGGGAAUGGCCAUGGUGAUGCUGUAUAUCGCCAUGAUGCCUACGCUUCUGUCUGCCAUGACGGGUUAUACGAGCUUGUAUUUCUUUUACUUGAUCAAUAAGGGCACUUACCUGGCUGACGCAGGUGCUGUGGACUGCCGGGGCACGUUCGCACCGGCGUAUGGGAGGGUUGUCAUGCCUACUGGUAAUAACACGGAAGACUUUGUGCUUCCUUAUGAUCACUUCCCGGACUCGGACGCUACUGCACCAUGGAUCGAUUACUAUAAGCGUUACCAGGACAUCUACGCUCAAUGUCCCGAUCCAUCGAACGUCACGGCUUGUCCUGCUGCAAACGUUUCCUCGCGCAUCGACCGUAUGACAUUCGUGACAAACUACGUGGGUUGUGAUCGUCACGUCUGCGAUGACAAUGGACCUGUUACGUUCCCGCCGCCCUUUCCCAACUUCCAGACUUGGCUGAUAGGCGAUGGUCGAGCGUACACGCACUGGCUGUGUGGCGCCGACACCGUCUUCGUGCCUGUGCCUGGGCGAGAUCCAGAGGGACGGAUGGACGGUAGCGUGCUAGGCACGAACGAGACCAUAGAUGUCUUUACGUCGAUCUGCCGGGCCGGCUCGCGAUAUGCGUGGGGUUUCAGCUUCUUGCUCAGCUUCCUCACCGCCGUCUUGAAUAUCUUCGCGCUGGCGAUUCUGUGUGCGAUGUGGAUGGGUGUGAGAGGGGUGCGGUUUGAGCAGGGGACGCUGAGGGAUGCUGUGAUUAUGGUUUCGCAGGCGAAGCGGGAUCAUGGGGAGAUGGUUGGGGAGUGGAGUGCUAGAGCUUUGAGGCGGGAGGUUGAGAAGGGGAAGGUGGGUAUGACGACGAAUGAAGGAUUGCGAAGGAGAGAUCGUGAGGGGGUGAAGGAUGGGGCGCGGCGUAGGUAUGCCGAUUCUGAUGAUCAUGACUGA